AUGGCCAAAGAGAUGUAUCAAGUGUUCGAUGAGGAUGCCAAGGGAGAUGAAAAUGAAGCAAACAGUAGCCAAAGCCCAGAUUGGGGUGUCUUGCAGAGAACGAGUAGAGCUCUCUCCUCCUCCUCCGGCAGCCAUGAUUUAUCAGAUUUUCUCCGUCAGAACUCGAUCAACAUCGGAGAAGAAAUGACAAACGAGGAGAACUUUAAAGGGUCAUCUAUAGGAAGCCAAAACGAAGAAGGUAGUAGUAGGAGGAGGAGGAGGAUGUGGAAAGAGAAGACAUUUUCGACCAACCUCGCCUGCUGGCUGGUUCUACCUCAUGGUCAUGGAAAAAUGGAAGUCUCUGCAAAUUGCACCGGUGAAGGUUCUAUCUAUGGUUUGAAUGG